CGGGGAGGCGGGGGGAGGCGGGGAGCCGGGCGGCCGGCGCCCGGGUCCGCCUCUGACUGCAGCGCGGCGGGGCGAUGUGUGAUUACCAUGGCGAGGAGUCUCUGUCCGGGGGCCUGGCUAAGGAAACCCUAUUAUCUCCAGGCUCGCUUCUCAUAUGUGCGGAUGAAAUAUCUUUUCUUUUCCUGGUUGGUGGUUUUUGUUGGAAGCUGGAUUAUAUAUGUGCAGUAUUCUACCUAUACAGAAUUAUGCAGAGGAAAGGACUGUAAGAAAAUAAUAUGUGACAAGUACAAGACUGGAGUUAUUGAUGGGCCUGCAUGUAAUAGCCUCUGUGUUACAGAAACUCUUUAUUUUGGAAAAUGCUUAUCCACCAAGCCCAACAAUCAGAUGUAUUUAGGGAUUUGGGAUAAUCUACCAGGUGUUGUGAAAUGUCAAAUGGAACAAGCACUUCAUCUUGAUUUUGGAACUGAACUGGAACCAAGAAAAGAAAUAGUGCUGUUUGAUAAGCCAACUAGGGGAACUACUGUACAGAAAUUCAAAGAAAUGGUGUACAGUCUCUUUAAGGCAAAGUUGGGUGACCAAGGAAACCUCUCUGAACUAGUUAAUCUCAUCUUGACAGUGGCUGAUGGAGACAAAGAUGGCCAGGUUUCCUUGGGAGAAGCAAAGUCAGCAUGGGCACUUCUUCAACUAAAUGAAUUUCUUCUCAUGGUGAUACUUCAAGAUAAAGAACAUACCCCCAAAUUAAUGGGAUUCUGUGGUGAUCUCUAUGUGAUGGAAAGUGUUGAAUAUACCUCUCUUUAUGGAAUAAGCCUUCCAUGGGUCAUUGAACUUUUUAUUCCAUCUGGGUUCAGAAGAAGCAUGGAUCAGUUGUUCACACCGUCAUGGCCUAGAAAGGCUAAAAUAGCCAUAGGACUUUUAGAAUUUGUGGAAGACGUUUUCCAUGGCCCCUAUGGAAAUUUCCUCAUGUGUGAUACUAGUGCCAAAAACCUAGGAUAUAAUGAUAAGUAUGAUUUGAAAAUGGUGGAUAUGAGAAAAAUUGUGCCAGAGACAAACCUGAAAGAACUUAUUAAGGAUCGUCACUGUGAGUCUGAUUUGGACUGUGUCUAUGGCACGGAUUGUAGAACUAGCUGUGAUCAGAGUACAAUGAAGUGUACUUCAGAAGUGAUACAACCAAACUUGGCAAAAGCCUGUCAGUUACUCAAAGACUACCUGCUGCGUGGUGCUCCAAGUGAAAUUCGUGAAGAAUUAGAAAAGCAGCUUUAUUCUUGUAUUGCUCUCAAAGUCACAGCAAAUCAAAUGGAAAUGGAACAUUCUUUGAUACUAAAUAACCUAAAAACAUUAUUGUGGAAGAAAAUUUCCUACACAAAUGACUCUUAGUUCAUUUGGACAUUGUAACAUUGCAAGAAACUUACCACUUUUAAAGAACAAUUUUGAGCAUUUUAAAAAAAUGGCUUCUGAGUCACAUCCCUACCAGUUACACAAAACUCCCCUCCACUGGACCUGAGAAGCCAUCAUCUUAAAUACAUGUGAUUACUGAAGUAAUGGCAAGAGGACAGGAUCUACAGAUCCAAAAGAUUCCAUUCCUGCCCUUUUAGAAGCCCUGUUACAUUUUCCAAGUACAUUCACUGUAUAAUUAUUUUCACUAAUGACUUAAAAUAAUACUGUGAAAAGCCUCAUUCCAUAAACAUCAACAGUGAGAGUGAUUUGUAGACUUAUGUUAGCCAAAAUACCAUUGCUGGAAACAUUGUGUUUGCAUUGAAGCUGCUGUUUAAAGAAAAUUUAUAAAUUUACUAAUGUCUUAGCAUGGUGAAGUUUGCACAUUAACAAAUUAAGACUGCAAAGCAGGUUAAUUAAAAUUACUCCUUUAUAAACAGAUGGGUUAAUAGCAUGGUUUAUUGUAUUAUAGAUUUACACUUAUUGAUCAUUAACCCCAGACAUCAAAAUGUGGAGAGCUUCAGAAUAUUCUAAGACAAUACACAAUUAACAAUUUUAGUGGUUGAAACUGAACUUUCAAUUAUCCUGUAGAUUGAAAAGGUCCAUCUUAGUAUCAACCAGCCAACUGAGCCCUUCAAAACUGACAUCUGAAGGCUAUAGACCCAAUCCAGAUCCAUAUAGCUUGAAUUUGAGUUAUGCAGAAAGUGGGACUGAAAGGAGCAAGACAAAAAUUAUUAAAAACUUUUUAGUAGUAAUUUUCCACUUUCAAAGUUAUUUCCUGUGGACCAAAGGGCUAUUUCUUAAAGAGGCAUGUUAAAUGUAUUAAUCUAACACUUUUUCCCCUGUAUACUUGAUAUACCAGAUUAUGUGCUCCUGUUAUUUUCACUUGUGUACUCAGAUGUGGCAUUUACCUUUCGAUAUCUACAUAAAAUGAAACACCACCUUUUGGA